CAGUCGAGCCAAACUUUUCGAGCCAUGGAUGCCUCGAUUGAAGGCUUCGUAAAAGCACUGGGCGGUGGAGUGGGAGCUUUAUUCUCCACCACUGUGCUCUAUCCGCUAGAAGUGACCAAAACCAAAGUGCAAGCCUUUGCCGGCAAUGCCACCACAGAUGAGGAAGACAACCUCGAGAAGCAGCAGGCCAUGGGCAACACCUUUGCGGCCAUGGCAUAUACCUGGAGAAAGGAAGGGCCCAAGGCAUUGUUGGCCCCAUGGGCGCCAGGAUAUGCCAGCACUUGUGCAGAUGCCUUCGUCUUCAAUUUCGUUUAUUACUAUUAUUUUGAGUUCUUCCGUUCCAUCUACCAGAGCAAGGUAGGUCGUGUUGGCUACCGCGGCAACAUGGUCUUAGCUACCUGCGCUGGUGCUUGCAUGCAACUCACCACUUUGCCGCUGCAGAAUCAUUCCACGCGAAUGCAAACGCAGACGGAGAAGCGGGGCAACUGGGCUACGGCACUUGCCAUGUACCGAGAAGAGGGUCUCGGAGCGUUUUAUAAGGGGCUCCUGCCCUGUUUGCUGCUGUCCUUAAACGCCACCAUCCAAGACACCAUCUUCGAAGGGAUUAAAGAUGCCUGGCUGAAGCGCCAGAACCUAUCGGCAGCAGCCAAAGCUGGAGUGGAUCUGGCCCAGAUGAAGCUGCGAGAAGUUCAGGUGGGUCUCAGUGCUGCGCAAGCUUUCUGGUUGGGUCUCAUCAGCAAGUUGAUUGCCUCCACCAUUUGUUAUCCCCUGACGCGCAUCAAACAGAUGUGCCAAGCCCAAACGAAGCGUUCCAAGCUACGGCGCAGUUCUUCCGAAGAAACGGAGGGGAAGGCCUUGAGCAUGUGGGAAAUGUCUUUGAAGGUUUGGACUGAGGCAGAUCGGGGGGGAGGUGUGGUUGGAAACAUGCAAUCUCACAGUAAGAGCACCGGAUUUGGCAUGAGUAGAUUGAAUACAUUGGGGGCCUUCGCCUGCCCCUUUUUUUUGGGGCAGAACUUGGAGGAUUUGAACCACAAUCGGUGUGAUCAUGAAACAUGACUGAACAUUGAACCGGUGAACAUUCCUUUUCCAGUUGAUCCUUUUCAUGCGCUUGGUAAAUGCCAAGGAUUUUUCUACGUUUCGCAUCACUUUCAGCCUCCGUUGGAGAUGAAAAAUCCUCAGUUGAUGUUGAAGCAGGAUGGCUGGAGGGGGUUCAUCUACGGCAUCGAGGGCCAGGUCUUUAAUGCUUCCUUGAAAGCGGCCUUGAACCGCUCGGCCAAGGAACGGAUCCAGGUCAUGCUGUUCUUCCUGCUGUUCCCCGAGCGUUUCCGGAAGAUGAGAGCUAUGGCUCUGGCACAAGCCCAGACUUAAGGCGACGAACUGGGAAAA